AUGGAUGGAGGCCGUCUGCCUCUUGAGACCUGGUUCUGGGAAAUGCCCACGUGCACCCGAUGGUGGACGACGGCGACUGUCCUGACGAGCGCCUUGGUCCAGUGCCAGAUGGUGACGCCCUUCCAACUCUUCUACAGCUUCCGCGCCGUCUUUGUAAAAUCACAGUACUGGCGACUCUUGACCACGUUCCUCUACUUCGGGCCCUUCUCCCUCGACCUCCUCUUCCAUGUCUACUUUCUCCAACGUUAUGCCCGACUCCUCGAAGAGUCCUCCGGUCGAUCCCCAGCGCAUUUUUCCUGGCUCCUCCUCUACGCCAUGGCCAGCCUAAUCGCUCUUUCGCCCCUUGUCUCCAUGCCGUUCCUUGGACAUCCACUCUCGUCGACCCUCGUCUACAUCUGGUCCCGACGAAACCCAGACACUCGGCUCAGCUUCCUCGGCCUGCUAGUCUUCACCGCCCCAUACCUGCCGUGGGUUUUGAUGGGCUUCAGCCUUGUCUUGCACGGAACUAUUCCUAAGGAUGAGAUGAUGGGUGUUGUCAUUGGACACAUCUGGUACUUCUUUACCGAUGUGUACCCGCCUCUUCACAACGGCUCUCGGCCUCUGGAUCCUCCCGGCUGGUGGAGGCGUCUGUUCGAGGCCCGGGCGCAGGAUGAUUCCGCCGAUGGCAUCAACAACGACAUCAUGGUUGCUGGAGCGAGAGACGUGGCACCCCGCGAUCUAUAG